UCCCGGCCCUUCGCAGUCAAUAAUAACGCGGGGGUCAAAAACGACCGAUUGAUGUAGUAAACGGCGUCGCAUUUAAUCACUGUCGUUUCUCCCAAGCUUUCACUGCGUGCUCCUCGAUCAGAAGGAGGAAGCUACGACGGAAUGGUUCACAGUGCCUACGAUUCUUUCCAACUCCUCGACAAUUGUCCUUCAAAGAUCGAAGCUGUCGAAUCUUACGGCUCUAAGCUCCUCCUGGGCUGUUCUGAUGGCUCCCUCCGCAUAUACGCUCCAGAAUCAUCCGAUUCCGAUAGGUCUCCGUCGGCCGAGCAACACGCUCAGGAGCUGCGGAAGGAAGCCUACGUGCUCGAAAGAAACUUGACUGGCUUCGCGAAGAAACCUAUCUUAUCAAUGGAGGUCUUGGAAUCCAGGGAGCUGCUGCUUUCACUUUCCGAAUCUAUUGCUUUUCACCGUCUUCCUAAUUUUGAAACCUUAGCAGUCAUCACCAAGGCCAAGGGCGCCAAUGUCUUCUCCUGGGAUGACCGAAGAGGUUUCUUAUGCUUUGCGAGGCAAAAGAGGGUCUGUAUUUUCAGACACGAUGGUGGCAGAGGGUUUGUGGAGGUGAAAGAAUUGGGUGUUCCAGAUGUGGUGAAGUCGAUGUGUUGGUGCGGUGAAAAUAUAUGCCUGGGGAUUAGAAGGGAAUAUGUAAUACUGAAUGCUACAACUGGCGCGUUGUCUGAGGUAUUUACUUCUGGGAGACUAGCGCCGCCUCUAGUGGUCUCUCUCCCUUCGGGGGAACUUCUACUUGGAAAGGAGAACAUUGGGGUCUUUGUGGACCAAAAUGGGAAACUUCUUCCGGAGGGCAGGAUUUGUUGGUCCGAGGCUCCUGCAGAAGUUGUAAUUCGGAAACCAUAUGGAAUAGCCCUGCUGCCAAGAUUUGUAGAGGUUCGAUCCCUUCGAGACCCGUUUCCACUUAUACAGACUGUUGUUCUUCGAAAUGUUCGACAUCUUCGGCAAAGCAACAAUUCUGUGAUUCUUGCAUUAGACAAUUCUGUUCAUGGACUCUUCCCUGUUCCUAUUGGAGCUCAGAUUGUCCAAUUAACAGCAUCUGGCGACUUUGAAGAAGCUCUGUCAUUGUGCAAACUCCUUCCACCCGAAGAGUCAAAUCUUCGUGCUGCAAAGGAGGGUUCAAUCCAUAUAAGAUAUGCUCACUAUCUUUUUGAAAAUGGGAGCUAUGAGGAGGCAAUGGAACAUUUUCUUGCAUCUCAAGUAGAUAUAACUUAUGUUCUUUCUCUGUAUCCAUCCAUUAUCCUUCCUAAGACAACCAUUGUUACUGAGCCAGAGAAGUUGGGGGACAUUUCCUUGGAUGCUGCAUAUCUCCCUAGAGGCUCUUCAGGUCUGUCAGAUGAUAUGGAAACCCUACCGCCACCACCUUUGUCAGAAUCCGAUGCAGCACUUGAAUCUAAAAAGAUGAGUCAUAAUAUGCUUAUGGCUCUCAUAAAGUUUUUGCAGAAAAAGAGAUAUAGUGUUAUUGAGAAGGCCACUGCUGAGGGGACAGAGGAGGUUGUUUUAGAUGCAGCUGGGGACAACCUAAUAUCCUAUAACAGUAGUAGGUUUAAGAAAACAAACAAGGGGCGCGGUAGUGUUCCUGUCAGUUCAGGAGCUAGGGAGAUGGCUUCUUUAUUGGAUACUGCACUUCUCCAAGCAUUGCUUCUUACUGGACAAUCUUCCUCUGCUCUAGAACUACUGAGAGUUCCAAACUACUGUGAUCUGAAUAUAUGUGAGGAGAUACUUCGUAAAGGCAGCAAUAAUGUUGCUUUAUUAGAACUUUACAAAUGCAAUUCAAUGCACCGAGAAGCUCUUGAGCUUCUUCAUCAGUUGGUGGAGGAGUCAAAGUCAAACCCAUCCGAAGUCACACAUAAGUUAAAGCCUGAGGCAAUUAUUGAGUAUCUCAAAGCCCUGUGUAAUUCAGACCCCAUGCUUGUUCUGGAGUACUCAAUGCUUGUUCUUGAAAGCUGUCCAACACAAACUAUUGAGCUCUUUCUCUCUGGAAAUAUUCCUGCAGAUAUGGUGAACUCCUAUUUGAAGCAACAUUCUCCAAGUAUGCAGACUACUUACUUGGAACUCAUGCUUGCAAUGAAUGAGAGUGCUGUCUCUAAAAAUUUGCAAAAUGAAAUGGUACAAAUCUAUCUUUCUGAAGUACUUGAGUGGCAUGCUGAUUUAAGUGCUCAACAAAAAUGGGAUGAGAAAGCUUUCUCCCCGACAAGGAAGAAAUUAUUGUCUGCUUUGGAGGGUAUAUCAGGAUACAAUCCGGAAGCUCUACUGAAACGUCUUCCACCAGAUGCUUUAUAUGAGGAGCGUGCUAUACUGUUGGGUAAAAUGAACCAACAUGAAUUGGCACUGUCCUUAUAUGUUCAUAAGCUUCAUGUUCCAGAAUCAGCAUUGUCUUAUUGUGAUCGGGUUUAUGAAUCUACAAAUCAUCCAUCAGGAAAAUCUACCAGCAACAUAUACCUAUCUCUUCUGCAAAUCUAUUUAAAUCCACAAAGGACAACUAACAGCUUUGAAAAGAGAAUCAUGAAUCUAUUAUCUACCCAGAAUACAAGCAUUCCAAAGGUUAGCCAUAUGACUUCAAAAUCUAAAGCAGGCCGAGGAAGCAAAAAGAUUGCGGCAAUAGAAGGUGCAGAGGACACAAAAGUUAAUUUGAGCAGCACUGAUAGUAGCCGGAGUGAUGGUGAUCUGGAUGAAAUUAGUGAGGAGGGUGGUAGUACGAUCAUGCUUGAUGAAGUCCUUGAUUUGUUAAGUCGCCGAUGGGAUAGAAUAAAUGGAGCUCAGGCCCUCAAACUUUUACCAAGAGAAACUAAACUACAGAACUUGCGUCCAUUUCUUGGACCUCUUGUGCGAAAAUCUAGCGAAAUGUACCGUAAUUACUCAGUGGUCAAGAGCUUGAGACAAAGCGAGAACCUUCAGGUGAAAGAUGAACUCUAUAAUCAGAGGAAAGCAGCGGUGAAGAUAACAGGAGACAGCAUGUGUUCGCUUUGCCAUAAGAAGAUAGGGACUAGCGUAUUUGCAGUCUACCCCAAUGGAAAAACUCUCGUGCACUUCGUCUGUUUCCGAGAUUCUCAGAGCAUGAAAGCUGUGGCUAAAGGGUCGUCAUUGAGGAAGCGGAUAUAGAUACGGGUACUGAAGGGUCUAGUCAUAUCAAGUGGUGAUCGAGUUGCCUUUUUGAACUUCUCUUUACGCGUAGUACCUGCUGGUUGGAGAAUUACAAUGAUCAUGCAAUGCCGUACUUUUUUUUUUUUGGGGGGGAGAUCAGCAUGUACUCGUUUCUUUGCACUUUGAAUUGUGAGGUUUUUUGAACCACAAAAAAAAAAAAAAGGAUUGUGAGGCUUGGUAUGUUGCAGGCGUGAUGUGUUUCUCUCGUUCAUUUUCUAGUGUGUAAAUAUUGGCUCAGGCUGUUGUAUGCACAAAACUCGUGUAUUUUGAAGCAUUAAAGGAGAGCAGAUUUUGUCCCUUUUA